CGCGCUCGCUGCCUGCGCGUGCCUCCGCCGCGCGGGCCUGCCCGCGCCGGGGCCCCUCGCGCUCCCCGCCCUGCUUCGCUCCGCCGCUCGCUGCGAUGGCGCCGGCGCGUACGUGGGGGGCGCGCACGCGGUGGCGGUCAGGGUCGGGGCGCUGGGCGACGGGUUCGUCGGGACCGCGCUGGUCGGGGCGUACGCAGCGUGCGGGCGCGUGGGGGACGCGCGGAGGGUGUUCGACGGAAUGCUCGUGCGGGACGUCGUCGCCUGGGGCGUGAUGCUUGAUAGUUAUUGUCAGACUCGGAACUACAAAGCAGCUUUGCUUCUGUUUGCUGAGAUGAAGAGAUCUGGAGUUGUUCCUGACCAAUUGAUCCUUGCUACUGUUCUAUCAGCCUGUGGGCAUUUAAGACAUUUGAGAAUUGGGAAAGCCAUCCACUCAUACAUGCUGGUGUCGGAUAUUCUUAUCAAUGCUCACCUCAGUAGUGCUCUCAUAAACUUGUAUGCCAGCUGUGCCAAAAUGGAUAUAGCAGAAAAGCUAUACAAUGGGAUGCCAAGGAAGGAUUUGGUAUCAUCAACUGCCAUGGUUUUUGGAUAUGCCAAGAACAGAAAAGUUGAGAUUGCUCGCUCUAUAUUCGAUGGAAUGCCAGAGAAGGACGUGGUGUCUUGGAGUGCUAUGAUUUCAGGAUAUGCUGAAAGUAACCAACCUAAUGAAGCAUUGAAUUUAUUCAGUGAUAUGCAAGAGCAUGGUAUCAGGCCUGAUGAAGUUACUGUGUUAAGUGCCAUAUCUGCUUGUGCCAAUUUAGGUUCCCUUUAUAAAGCCAUAUGGAUCCACUCCUUCACUGAGAAUAACGGAAUGACCAAGAUAUUGCGCAUUUGCAAUGCUCUUAUUGAUAUGUUUGCCAAAUGUGGGGGUAUAACUCUUGCCUUGAAUAUCUUCAAUGAAAUGCCUCACAAGAAUGUUAUCACCUGGACAAGUAUGAUUGCUGCUUUUGCUAUGCAUGGCGAUGGAAAAUCUGCCUUAGUUAUGUUUGAGCAGAUGAAAAAGGAAGGUGUUGAACCCAACAAAGUGACGUUUCUUAAUUUACUUUGUUCUUGCUGUCAUGCUGGUCUAGUUCAUGAAGGUCGUUCGUUGUUUAGAUGUAUGGUUCAAGAAUACAGGAUUGAGCCCAUGCAUGAGCACUAUGGUUGUAUGGUGGAUCUUCUGGGAAGAGCUAAACUUUUGCGAGAAGCAGUUGAUCUCAUAGAGUCAAUGCACUUAGGGCCCAAUGUGGCUAUCUGGGGCUCUCUGUUAGCAGCAUGCUGGAUGCAUGGUGAUCUCAAGCUUGGUGCAUUUGCUGCAAAGAAAGUUUUGGAGUUGGAUCCUAAUCAUGAUGGAGCAUCUGUGCUUCUAUCGAAGAUAUACGCAAAAUCUGGCAGUUGGAAUGAUGCUGAGGAGGUGAGGGGAGUAAUGAAACUCCAUGGGUUCUCGAAAGAAACAGGAUCCAGUUGGAUGGAGCUGAAUGAUCCUAAUCACAAGUUUGCAGCUGGAGGUGACAAACAUCCAGAAUGUGAUAAAAUCCUUCUGAAGCUCGAUGGAAAAGUAAGUUGAUUUGUGAGAUGAAGAUAUUAGAGAAGCUGUUCUGCUGCAUAGCGAGAACCUUGUGAUUUCUUUCAGCCUUGUAAUUUCAGGCAUAUGAAAUUAGUGUUUUGGUCUUCUCUGUUCUGUUCCACAUCCCAUGUUCCAUUUUGUUGACUUUCAACAUGUUGUCUAUAUGUGGACUUACAAAAGAAGCAGUUUUACGUUGAGGUGAAAUUCAAUUUUGAGCCAAAAGUUCAUCUUGACUGAUGUUCAAGGUUCAUUCACAGGAUCUAUCACACAUGAGAGAUAGCAAAAAAUAAUAUCCUACAAACAUCAUUGUGGUUGGAUCAUCUAUAUGAUGGUCUUUUUGAAGCAAUGGGCUUGGUUUUCGAUCAAGACUAUGGGCAAGCUCUCUGCGCAUAAAAAAGCUACCAUGCAUCCCUUUUUGGUUGGCAGGAGAUCUAGACAAUCUUGAAAGAAGUUGCUAUUGAGGAUGUCAUCUCACUUCGCACGGGAGGAAAAUUAGAACCUCCCUGUACCUCGAAAAGUGAAUUAUUUGGGGUGGUGCUGCAUGGAACAAGUGUUGACUGUGAUACCAGAGCUGUGUUGUGUAGUGAAUGCUCUCAUGGCAAGUGCUUUCUUCAGGACUCAACAUUGCAGAUCCUUGAUGGAACAAUAGUCAUGCAAGAUGACUGUUUCUUGUUUGUGCGACACCCUUUGGUACUAUGGUUCUGGUCCACCAUAAUAUGCCAUGGGAUGACAUCAAACUUAACGGAGUGUCACAUCUGGUUCCAUGGAAAAACUGAAAGAAGUUCAUGGGUGGUUACUGGAAGAAGUUGAGGAAUCCAAAGUUCAGCGUUGCCAUAUAAGCUCAACUUUUGUGCUAUGUUCUGUGCAGUGGUUAGUGUUGUGGCUAGUGCUGUCAUCAAGACUUGCAAUUCGAACACGGCGGGUGUCUGAUGGAGCGAUACUAGGCAAGCUGAUGCGUUGUGAUCGACUAACUAGAUGAUACGGGAUGAAGUUUGAAUGAAACAUGGCACAUCAGUUGAGUUGAAGUUGGGCUUGGUUCAGGAUUGCCACCGGAAGAAAUUGGGGACAGAGCUGAAGUCUGCAGGGCAGAAUUCCGCAAGGAAGUUCAGAGAAAUAACCAACAUAUUGAGAUGGAUCUGUCUCUGAAGUCAUGAAUCAAUUUCGAUAAAGCUUAUUCUGUUUUGUCGAGCCUGGAGCUGCUGACAAAGCGUGUAUUGUAUAUCAAAAUUUUAUUUAAAAGGGAGCUAAAAAGCCUUCUAGCCCAAAGGCCUAAGAGCAGUGCUGAAUAAGAUAGGCAUGCCUUCAAGUUA